GUUGCAGCGUGUUGUGGCGGUGCUGGAGGUUGUGUGAUCUUUGCUCCGGGUGCCGGGAUGGCGGUGUACCAUGACGAGGUGGAGAUAGAGGACUUCGAGUAUGACGAGGAUACAGAGACUUAUUUUUACCCUUGUCCGUGCGGGGAUAAGUUCGCCAUCAGUAAGGAAGAUCUGGAAAAUGGAGAAGAAGUUGCAACAUGUCCUAGCUGUUCGUUGAUUGUCAGAGUCAUCUAUGAUAAGGAUGCGUUUAUGAAAGGGGAAGUGGUCCCCGAACCGAUUUCUGGCAAAACUGAACUGUUAAAGUGCUAAUGGUGAAUCUGUGAGCUUAGUCUAAGGUGUGGACGCUUCAACUAACAUCCAUUGCGGCCG